AUGACGACGAACAAAGAACGCUUGGAAGAUCUGGAGGCCAACGUUGGCACUAUGCAAGGAGACAUCCAGAAGCUCUCUUCUGAUGUCACAGCUAAGCUUCAGAUCGUCGAACACUCCCUCCAGAGUAUCGCCGACGAUAACAGACGCACAGCCGACGAGAAUCGCGCCGCCAUCAAUCGUAUGAUGGCUCUCUUGGCAGGCAACCACGACGCACCCACAGCCCAACGAGAACCACGGCGUCUGGAGAACAACCCGCCUAUUGCUCGUCAUGUUAAGUUGGACCUCCAACGUUUUCAUGGCGACGAAGCACCCGAAUGGAUAAGCAAAGUCCACCAAUACUUUGCCUACCACGAAAUUCCACCACAACAGCAGGUCAGCAUCGCCGCCUAUCACUUGACUGGCGAGGCAAACGAAUGGUGGCAAGCUACAUCCAAACGCUUGGGAACAGACGCACACACUACACCCUGGGGAGUUUUCGAAUCCGAGCUCUGGAAGCGCUUUGGACCAACCAAGGGCCCUCAUUUCCAUGAGGCACUCUCCAAAAUCCAACAGACGGGCUCCCUACGGGAGUACCAACGCGAGUUCGAACAACUACAAAACAGAGUCGAGAACUGGUCCGAGGAUGCUCUCAUCGGUACAUUCCUGGGCGGUUUAAACAAAUCCAUCGCAGCACACGUUCGAAUGUUCUCCCCCACGACCCUCCAAGAUGUUUUUAACUUGGCCCGUUUAAGUGACGAACACAUCCAAGCUCAAAAGAAACCGUUUCUCCACAGAUCGUACAACACACCACCACAAUCCAACCCCCCUUCACGACAUCCCGCAAACAAUGUCAUCCGCGACCCGACCCCUCCGACCACAACACCACCAUCAACCGCCAAGCGCCUUAGUUGGGACGAAAUGAAACGCAAGCGUAGCCUGGGGUUAUGUUUUAGCUGCGAUGAACGCUAUGCCCCCGGCCACAAAUGCAAAACAUCCCAACUCCUACUCCUCCUGGGCGAAGAUGCCGACGACGACGACCCCGAUGAGAUUUUCCAUGACCCGGCCGAGCCAGAAAUCACACUUCACGCGCUUACCGGCUGGGAUUCACCCAAAACAAUUCGCGUCCAAGCCACGAUCAAUCGCCAGCUUCUCGUUGCCCUUAUCGACAGUGGAUCUACGCACAACUUCAUUAGCGAACGAGCCGCCAACAAACUCAACUUGAAAUCCACGCCGACCUCCGCCUUCUCCGUCAAGGUCGCCGACGGCCACCCCCUCUGUUGUCACCGUGUGUAUCGGCAAAUCGCCUUACACUUAGGCGAGAUAUCGUUCUCCGUCGAUCUCUAUGCACUGCCCCUAACCGGUCUUGAUGUCGUCUUAGGCAUCCAAUGGUUAGAAACACUUGGGCCAACACUAUGUGAUUGGAAGGCCCAUACCAUGGAAUUCCAACGGGCCGGUACUACUCACACACUUCUCGGGAUGCAAGGCCAACGACUCCAGCAGGCAAAGUGGGCCGAGGUAGCGAAAGAGGCCCGUCUCGGCCAAUCCCUAUUCACCAUCAUCAUCAUCGACAACACAAACACGGCUUCGACCAUUCCAACGCAGAUUCGUGCCCUCCUCCACGAAUUCGACUCCGUGUUCCAACCACCGUCAUCCCUUCCCCCCACCCGGGACAUCGAGCACCACAUUGUAUUGAAAGAAGGUUCUGACCCCGUCAACGUACGACCCUAUCGCUAUGCGCACUUUCAGAAGGCCGAGAUCGAAAAACAAGUCGACGAGAUGCUCGCAUCCGGGCUCAUUCAACCAAGCUCCAGCCCUUUCUCUUCUCCUGUACUCUUGGUCAAGAAGAAAGACGGCUCUUGGCGCUUCUGCACCGAUUACAGAGCCCUCAACGCCGCCACGGUCAAAGAUCGCUUCCCGAUACCUUCGGCCGAUGAUAUGUUCGAUGAACUCCACGGUGCGCACGUCUUCUCCAAACUUGAUCUUACCGCCGGCUACCACCAAGUCCGAGUUCAUCCUCCCGAUAUCCCUAAGACCGCUUUCCGCACUCACAACGGUCAUUACGAAUACCUCGUAAUGCCAUUUGGGCUCUGCAAUGCGCCCUCGACUUUCCAGGCUCUGAUGAACUCCGUGUUCCGGGUACAUCUCCGUAAAUUCGUUUUGGUUUUUUUUGACGAUAUCCUCGUUUACAGCCGUACGUGGGACGAGCACAUCCAACACCUUCGCACCGUUUUGGAGCUCCUCCGCCUUCAUCAGCUGUUUGUCAAGCUCAAAAAAUGCGACUUUGGCAAAUCGGAAAUCGAGUAUCUCGGGCACAUCAUUUCCGGCGACGGCGUCAAGGUCGAUCAAACCAAAAUCAAAGCAAUGCUCGAGUGGCCACUUCCUUCCACAAUCACGGAACUUCGCGGAUUUCUUGGCCUCACCGGCUACUACCGCAAGUUCGUGCGCGACUAUGGCCUUAUCGCACGACCGCUCACCAAUCUGCUUAAGAAGGGCAAGUUCAGUUGGGGAGAGGACGCAGCCGCAGCCUUCACAAAGCUCAAACAGGCCAUGACGACGACCCCAACGCUCGGACUACCCGAUUUCAACUCGAUUUGUGUCUACGAUGCCCGAGAGAAAACAGUAUUAUGA